UGAUGCGUCAGCAGUACAUUCACGUUCCCAUUGAAGGACAAAAGGAAGAGCAAGCAUGUAAAGCCUAUGUCCUGGGUGUCUGCUAUUAUGCCACACAACACUGCAAAAAACAUUUGUGCCUGUCGCACACAACAGCAGGAAGAGGACUAACCUGGGGCUGAAAAGGUUAAAAAUAAAAGCAAGCAAGGAAAAAUGCUGCUGUGGGGAGCCACUUUCCCAUGCCUCAGCGUUGGUCCACCAGCUUGAGCUGGACAGCUGUGCCGCUGACAAAGCUGAGAUCUCCAACUCUGCACUGAGCUCAGGGCACUGCAGCGCUAUACGGAUACUUCUCUGAUCGACACGACGUCACAGAAAGGGGGGAGAAACACUCUCUCUUUAUUCUCUCAUUCCAGAGAGUGAGAGAGCGCGCUCGCAGGCAGGAGAGAGCGAAGGAGAAGGAGGCAGAGAGCAAGCGAUCUCUCUCCAGCGAACGAGCAUUCUUACCGAGCUGCCUCUUUCACUGGUCCUCCCCUACACCUUUCCUGGACUGUAGUUACCUGCUCUUUUUUACACAACUGAAGGAUUAUUGGGAAGUUUGCAAAAAAGCUUCUGCAGUCGGUGCUUGCAAGUGCGUGCAUGUAUGAAGAUGGAAUGCGCAUCUACUUAAGGAAAGAAAUGCGCUAAUGACCGCAGUGUCACAGUCUUUUCAGCUGGACAAGGCAUUUAACAAAUCAAGCGGACAAAACAUACCAAGGGAGCCAGAGACAAUAAACAUGUGUGAGCGUUUCACUAUGGAGACACGGGCAUUUGGUGGCGGCGUCAAGCGGAGGUAUCCAAGGACAAGCAUCUGUGGAUAGUGCGAGAACGAGCGCUUCUAUAGGAGCCAAACUGGAAUGGUACUCUUGCCUAAAGCUCUGAGGCCCCGCAGAGCCACUACACGCUUCUCUUCGGAUGGUCCUCUGUGGAUUUAUUAGGGGCCAUUUUGGCAUUCAUCUCGUUUUCUGACAAAUGAAUAAAGAGAAGGCUUUGCUUCUCCUGGGAAUAUAGGAAUUUGAGGAAAAAAAUCAGCAUCUAUUUUGAGAUUACAAAAAUUGGGACGUAUAAAACAUUUGAGGUAGGUGCCUAGACUUUCCAACCGUUUUUCACAUAUUGAAAUAUAUAUCCCCCUUAUUACUUUAUUCAUUAUCAUUGGCGUUUCACUCCUCCCUCUCAACUCUGCUAGCUGCCACUGAAUGUUAAGCCUCCAGUUCAGUAAAUGGAAAAACAAUCUAGAGUGUUGUUUAACCCAGGGUAGGGUUUCAUUAGUCAAGAGGUGAACCCCUCCCCUUCCCCCACUUACUACCCCCUUCUCCCCAACCACCAUCAUCACCCCACGCCCCCCCAGACGAUGCUGAAUUAUGAAUGUGCCACAUCAUGAGUCUCCUGGGGCGGGUAGCUGUGCGUCGAGCCAGGAAAGCCGCCCUGCUCUGUGUCCUGUACCUCAUGGUUCAAGUGUCCGUAGACGUGGCGGCCGCGGCAGGGCCCCAGGGUUGCCCGACUGAUUGCUCCUGCAACAACCAACUCAGCAAGGUGGUGUGCACAAGGAGGGGGCUUACUCGAGUGCCACCAGGUAUCCCCACCAACACCCGGCACCUAAACCUGAUGGAAAACUCUAUCGAGUCUGUACAGGCCGACUCUUUUCGUAACCUCCAUCAUCUUGAGGUGUUGCAGUUGGGCCGCAAUGCAAUUAGACAGAUAGAAGUGGGUGCCUUCAGUGGACUAACCAAUCUUAAUACAUUGGAACUUUUUGAUAACAGGUUGACAGUGGUGCCAAGUGGGGCAUUCGAGUAUUUGUCUAAGCUGCGAGAGCUGUGGCUGAGAAAUAACCCUAUUGAAAGUAUCCCAUCUUACGCAUUUAACCGAGUGCCCUCCCUAAUGCGACUGGACCUGGGUGAACUGAGAAAACUGGAGUAUAUCUCUGAUGGAGCCUUUGAAGGUCUAAUCAACCUCAAGUACCUUAACCUGGGGAUGUGUAACAUUAAAGGUGAGAUACCCAACCUGACCCCUCUGGUUGGGCUGGAGGAGCUGGAAAUAUCAGAGAACCUCUUUCCUGAGAUUAAACCAAGCUCAUUCAGAGGACUGACUUCACUCAAGAAGUUAUGGAUCAUGAACUCUCAGAUAGGGCUUAUUGAACGAAAUGCAUUUGAUGACCUGGCCUCAUUGGUGGAGUUGAACCUGGCUCACAACAAUCUCAGCUCACUGCCCCAUGACCUUUAUGCCCCACUAAAACACCUAGUGGAACUCCACCUCCACCACAACCCCUGGAACUGCGGCUGUGACUCACUUUGGCUAGCACGUUGGCUACGUGAGUACAUACCCACCAACUCAACAUGCUGUGGACGAUGUCACUCCCCUGCACACAUGAGGGGCCGGCAGCUGGUUGAGCUAGACAGAGGAGACACGGGGUCAAUGCAGUGCUCUGCCCCUUUCAUCGCAGAUGCCCCAAGGGACCUGAACAUUUCAGCCGAACGUGUGGCAGAACUGCGAUGCCGAACAGCACCCAUGUCUGCCGUACGAUGGCUCCUACCAAAUGGGACUAUUUUAACUCAUGCAUCAAGCCACCCACGGAUAACAGUGCUAAAUGACGGGACUUUAAACUUUUCAAACAUUCUAGCAGGUGACACGGGCAUGUAUACCUGCAUGGUGUCAAACGCAGCAGGAAAUUCCAAUGCUUCAGCUUACUUAAAUGUAAGUGCGGCCGAGCUGAACACAUCUAACCUUAGCUACUUCACCACAGUCACAGUGGAGGUCCUGAGCCCCACAUCUGAAAUGCCUAAGACCAAAACCACCACAACCAUAGCAGGAGCUAGCACCACUACCACGGCCUCACCAUCCGUGUUUAAGCCGGUUUUUAUUUCAACACCAACAGUCCUUCUCCAGAGUACAGACACGCCACCAAGCCGCCCAUCUGCUGUACCUGGCUCGAAAGUGACAACAGGAAAGCCGCCCAAACCAGCCAGUACCAGUUUGGAUGAGGUGAUGAAGACAACAAAGAUUAUCAUUGGUUGUUUUGUGGCAGUUACUCUGCUAGCAGCAAUCAUGCUAAUUGUAUUUUAUAAACUACGAAAGCGGCAUCAGCAAAGGAGCACAGUGGCUGCAGCCAGAACUGUGGAAAUUAUUCCAGUAGAGGAAGAACUGCCACCACCAGCGUCUGCUGCCAAUAUAGCAGGGGAGGGGCUGACUCUACCAGAGAUAAGGGAUCAUAACAGUAUUUACAAACUGGACUACAACACCCACAAAUCUGACUACAGCUACAAACCAAAACCAGAAUACAGCAUCCAUAAAUCUAGAGAUUUCAGCAUCCACAACCCCAAGACAGACUACAACACCUACAAACCUAAAGCGGAUUAUGUAUACCAACCUACUCUGGAAUACAGCUCUUACAAACAAACAGACUAUUCACACAAGUCAUUGCCAGAUUACCACUUACAUAAAAAACCUGAUCAGAGUCCCUAUAAACCAGGAUAUAAUACUCACAAACCUGACUUCAAAUCUCACACUCCUAAAACAGACUUCAGCCCAUACAAACCAGAUUAUGGAGUUCCGAAAUCCAAAACUGACUACAGUAUGCCCAAGCCCAGAACAGAUUACAGCCCUUUCAAGACAGACUGCAGCCUUUUCAAACCAGACUACAGUACAUUUAAAGCAGACUACAGCCCUCUCAAAGCGGAAUACGUAAGCUGCAAAUCAGACUUCAGUCCCCACAAGUCUAAAAUGGAUUACAGUCCUCACAAGGUGGACUACAGCCCGCAUAAGACAGACUAUAGCACCAUGAGGCCCAAAUACAACACUUACAAGCCACCGGGCCAUGGAGCCAAAUGGACAGAAGGCAACAGUAUUGGAAAUUCUCUGCCUCGAACCUUGCCCAGUGCCAUAACUACCACUCCUGAGGCUCUUGUCAUAAAAACUCAUAACAAGGAAAAAGUACAAGAAACUCAGAUUUAGUAUGCCCCCUCAACAAAUCACAAUCCAAAAUAAUUUGCUCUCCCCCUCUUAUAAUUUAACCCCCGCACCGUCAUGAAAACAUGCAAUAGAAUGCACAAAGGGAAAAAAGACAGGAACUUCUUUUUUUUGUACAGAGUGCAAACCCUACAGACUGAAUCUUGUUGUACAUGCUUAUAAAUAAAUAUAUAUGGAAAAACUGAAACUACCAUUGGCUGGUAAUAGAGAAGCAGAUUAUAUUAAAAAAUAAAUUGAAACUAUUUUCUAACUUAUAACUCUUAUUUAAAAAAAUGAGUUGUUUUAAGAUGCUGUACUGAAUUUGAGACAUGAGGGUAGUCUUGUUUAAAAAGGGCAUUCUGUGUGAUUUCUAAACAAUGCUACAGAGAAUGCUGUGAAAAUACAAAAGAACAUUUAUACAGAGAAUUCUUUCGUUAAAAAAUAAAACAAAAACAGAAAAAAGGUCAAUGUUGAUCUUUACAGGUUUAUCUUGUAAAAGCACCAUGAAUUUGUACUGUGCCAAAUGUUACAAAUGCAAUAAAAGGAUUUUUGGAAGAAAAGAACAAAAAAAAGAAAGAACCA